AUGACCCUCACCUCAUUUUCCCACUCUUUACCCCCAUGCUCACCUCCUCACUCUCCCCCCAUCAGUGCCGCGAGCUACAACUACCUGUACGGCCCCGUGCCAAAGCUCGGCACGGCUCUCAAGACUAUCGACGUGCAGAAGAACUGGCUGUCCGGCACAUUCCCCGGCACUGGCUUCCUCUCCUGCUCUGCCUCCUCCAACUGCCUCGCCAGCGCAGGCGCAUGCAACUCCAUAGGCACCACACAGCGCCCAUUGACUUCUUGCGCCGUCUGUGACUCUCCCACUGGGGCUGAUCCCAUCUGUGCCGGCGGCACCUGUGCUCCCAACACUGCCGGCCCGCUUGCCACCUCCACCACCCCCACCGCCUCGUCUCCCAUUCUCCCUCGCUUCUGUGUGGGUGUGCCUUUGAACGCAUCACAAGCCGCAAUUCUCCUCUCUGUGAAGACGGCUCUCGGGGUCACCUUCACCGAGUGGUCUGCCAGUACCCUUGCAGUAGCCCCCAAGGCCAAGACCCAUGGCCGUGAAGUCAGGAAUGGGCCCAAGGGGACGGGACGGCGGCGCUUGGUCGAGAGUGAAGCGGGCAGGGAGAGGGUGCUGCUGGUGGCUCCACCUUCAGGGCAGGCGGGCCUGUGCACGAUUCAAGGCCAGACGCCCGUGCCUGGCUCCUGGCCAGGCGUGUUCUGCUCUUCUGCCGGCAUUGUCAUCGCCCUGUGA